AUGUAUCGGGAAACAUGCAAAAGUUAUUUCGAGAUUUGGUGGAAUGGUAUCAAAAGUUUGCCUGAAACUACUUCAAUACAUGGGUUUAGAUUUAUAGGAGACAAUAACAGACACUGGACUGAAAGGAUUUUCUGGCUAAUUUUCGUGGCUCUAUGUUGGUUCGGUUCGUCUUUAUUGAUAGCGGCGCAGUACGACGCUUACCAGAACUAUCCCAUAUCUUUUGUAGUUGAAACAACGUAUAAAGACUGGAAUACAUAUUUCCCUUCGAUAGCGAUAUGCGAGAAUGAUAACAUGAGACGUAUUGAAGCUGUUUCUGACAGAUUAUUUGGACAAGAUCACGACUUUAACAUAGAAGAAGUUAUAAAAGAAUUGAGUUAUUAUAAAGGUUUCACGUAUUUUGUCUCUGAAUUCUGUUCUGAAGAAAAUCCUUUACUAGACUGUGACAAAUGGAAUCUCACAUAUUACGCAAACGUGGUCCGAAGUCCUUGUGAGGAAAUGCUGAAGAAUUGUUCUUGGAAUAAUGUCCAGUUCCCUUGUUGCAAGAUUUUUAACCUGAUUAACACGGAAUUCGGAGUUUGCUACAUCGCUAACUCAAUACAAGUCAGACAAAAGCGACCGAAGUUUCAUAUGGUUAGUAAUAAAACUACAGGUCCAGGAGUUCUUAACUUACAUGUGAUAGUGCCCGCAAAAUUGUACGUGACAAAUGAAGAAGAAGUACCUUCGCUCACUAUCAUUGGUUUGGAUGCUAUACAAAUAGAACCUGAGACAUCAUACAGACGAAUAAUUUCCAUAAGAAAUAUUGAAAACGACGCCGGCGCUCGUGUAAUAGAGCCCGCGAAAAGAAAAUGUCGUUACGUGGACGAGAACUUUCUGGACGUCUAUCCUUAUUACUCGUACACCGCUUGUACUGUGCAGUGUAGGAAAAAUGCACAGCUCAAGACAUGUAACUGCACUAGUUUUUACAUGCUUAAUGUGAAGGAGGAAAUGAAAUGCGACAUUAACGGUCUUAUUUGCCUUAAUGAUCACGCUACUGAUCUUUCUGCACUGAAAGCAAAAUGGUCAAGUCGUCCCGGUUUAGAUUGCGAUUGUCUGCCAUCUUGCACUGAAGCCGAGAUAUCUAUAGUGAAGGAUUUCAAAACAACUACAACCGAGAGCUACGCGUCUGUGCAAAUUGAAUUGGCAGCGUUACCAAGCGAGCGCUAUAGGAGAAACGUCGUACGUGGAUUCCUUGACUUAGUGGUAUCAACCGGAGGGACUGGAGGUUUGUUCCUGGGAGUGAGCAUUCUAAGCUUCGUAGAACUUUUGUAUAUUUUAUUGAUCCGUCCAUUUUGCGAUAUCUACAGCAGGUUGGACGAUGAUCCUUGGUACAAAAGGUUUGGUGCACAACAUUUUAAUAACAAUAAUUUUAAACCCAAACUUGUCAAUCGAAAGAAAAGUAGCAGAAUAACAAAGAAACGAGAAAUGUUAUUUCACAGAAGGUUUUAGU